UUCACCCUGAGUACUACUACAAUGGAGGCUAGUUCCAUUCUCCUUGCUUUUAGUAACAUUUAUGUAACGAUAUUUGCAUUGUUUUGUUUUAAACUUUUAAUUAAGGUGUCCCUGGCUCUUCUGACUCAUUUUUACAUCGUUAGGGGAAACCGGAAAGAGGCUGCAAGAAUAGCAGAGGAGAUCUAUGGAAUAGUCCAAGGAUCUUGGGCAGAUCGCUCACCACUUCAUGAAGCAGCAUAUCAUGGACGUCUCCUUGCUCUAAAAACCUUGAUUGCACAGGGAUUUAAUGUAAACAUAUUGACGAUAGACAGAGUUUCACCUCUCCACGAAGCCUGUUUAGGGGGCCAUGUUUCCUGCGCAAAGGUUUUACUGGAGAACGGAGCACAUAUUAAUUUAGCGACAGUUGAUGGAAUUACCCCUCUGUACAAUGCCUGCAUCUGUGGAAGUGUUGCUUGUGUCACCAUGUUAUUAGAAUACAGAGCGGAUCCAGAACUGGAAACUCAGAUGGUCUUUCCACUUCACGAAGCAGUUAUUCGAGGUCACAGAGAAUGUGCAGAAGUAUUAAUUGCUUAUGGAAUGGAUAUCAAUAAAGAAGUUUAUAAUCUUGGCACUCCACUAUACUUGGCGUGUGUCCACCAGAGAACAGACUGUGCCAAAAAACUUCUCGAAUUAGGUGCAAACGUGAACAGCGGGAAGCAGCGGGACACACCUUUACACGCUGCAGCUAGGAAAACCAGUGGAGAAAUUGUGACAUUUUUAAUUGAUUAUGGUGCUAAUGUUAAGUCUAAAAAUGCAGACGGGAAGUAUCCAGUUGAACUUGCAGAACCCCGAAGUCUGAUAGAACAAACUCUUUUAAUUGGAGAAGGACCAGCUGCCCUGUCCCAACUUUGUCGUCUUUGCAUCCGAAAAUGGUUGGGAUCAUCUUGUCUUAAGACAGUGCCCAGGCUACAUUUACCAGACCGAUUAGAACAAUUCCUAUUAUAUCGGUAGAGCUUCCAAAAAUAUCUUCCUUGUUUGGUGGAAUGUUUUAUUGGUUGUCCUGUGGCUUGGAAUAUCUGAAAUUCUACAAGUGCUUCAGUCAUGUGAACAAUAAUUUAAAGGAAAGCUACAGUAUAGAAAAUGCUUUAUUUACUUAAUUGGAAGUUGUGCUGAAUUGACAGACAAAUUACAAUGUAGAGGCUAAUGUAGCACAAAUUAAACAAUUCUACAGCUUUACUUUAUCUUAAAUGUUUCUACUUUAGCCUAUAUUUUGCCAUUUUUAAUGUUAUUUUACUACAAUUUGAUAAUCUAAUAUAUUAACAGGGUUAUUUACUAAACUGAGAAUUGUCAGAAAUGUAAAGUGAUUUCAAAGUGAUUACACAAAAUAAACAAAUUGGAAAAAUUCCUCAAGUCAGCUAAGCUUCCAGUUCGGCUGCUUUAUCCUUAAAGGGAAACUCCACUGCCCUAACAAAAUAAUAUAUAAACAAUCACUGUUUAGUAUGUAUACCCCAUUUAUUCGUGCAUUUUAUUGCAGGUAUAUCUACGCCAGCUUGUAAAAGCUGCAGAUCUCUUGCCUGUAGCCUUUCAAGCUCUCCCCUUCUAACCCCGACUUUCUGUGUCUGUCCAAUCACAGACUUCCCAAUGCAGCUCAAUGAGAAGUCUUUGCAAAGCAGGUGCUCUAGCAAUUGCUGCUUCUUGAGUUUAGCCCCACUGAGCUACCCGAACCAGGAAGUAGCAGGACCUGCUGUCUG